AAUGGUGCUCGGUUUUUUUUAGGCGAACUUCCAGCAGCAAAAUCAUUGAUUGUCUUCAAAAGGAACGACCAGAGCUAUUACGUGUUCCAACAAAUUUUAGAAACUUGCUUUCCCAAAGUUCCUCAAUCGACUGUGAGGCGUUGGUUGCGAAACAUUGGAACAUCUGCCAUCAGAACAAAUUCAUUGGAACGUCAGCAUUUGAAUGCGCUUGGACUAAUGCCGUACAGAUUUCUGAUUUCAGCAGAUAAUUUGCUUCAACUCGUCGAACAUUCAAAAACCCGACGAAAGUAUAAUAAGAAACACCGCUCACAAUUAAGUUCUGUGUCUGCGUCAUCUAUUGUGAAUGUUUGCCUUCCGCCCAUUAAUUCCUGUACGAAUAUUGGAGAACCUCCUAAUACGUUCAACGCAACUCCGUCCAAUUUGAACGUUCCAGUUUCUAACAUAGUUUUACCGGAUGCUUUCCCGUACGAAAUUCUGCAUUCAAAUUCAGCUAAUUUCAGUACAAGUAUGUACGAUUCAAAUGCUCGCACUGACGAGUUUUCCAACAAUUUACAUGAUGCUAACGCACUAGUCAAUCCGUCGGAUCUGAUGAGCGAAGAACUUCUACAAUUAAAUUCAGCUAAUUCCAGAACAAUUAUGGACAUUACAAGUGCUUCCACUGACGAAUUUUCCAACAAUUUACAUGAUGCAAACGCAGAAAAUCUUUCUGAUGCGACGACUCAAGAAAUUCUACAAUUAAAUUCAGCUAACUGCAGUACAAUUAUGGAAAUUGAAAGUGCUUCCACUGACGAAUCUUCCAACAAUUUACAUGAUGCAAACGCUAGUCAAUCCGUCGGAUCUGAUGAGCGAAGAACUUCUACAAUUAAAUUCAGCUAACUGCAGUACAAUUAUGGAAAUUGAAAGUGCUUCCACUGACGAAUCUUCCAACAAUUUACAUGAUGCAAACGCAGAAAAUCCACAAUCAAAUUCAGCUAAGAACUGUAGUAGUUCUGAUGACCUUUCAAAUUCUUGUAAGGCAACUUCAUCCGUUAAAAUAGGAUGCUUAAAGAGGCAGGACACAUGCCCUGAGUUGCAAUUGGAAAUUGAUGGGCUGAGUGACUUUUACACCUUAACGGUGAAUCCAUUAAGAACUUGCAGUGCCUUCUCAGCCUCAACAAUGAGGAAAUUUCUUGAGCGAGUGAAAUGUUUUCUCAACUUUUGUCGAAUCAAAUAUCCCGAACGCAAGUUAGAUUUCACUUUUGUAAAUGACGUUGACGUCGUACAGGCAUAUAUCACUUAUCAUCUAGACGUUCGAAAGCUUAACAUUUCGACCGUUGUACGGACAAUAACAGCGUUGAUAAAUCUUGCUAAAUACAUUCAUCGAGCUAGUGAGGACAUGGACUCUUGCGUCCAGUUGGUACGUUUGAAGAAUGUACAGCGGCAGUUGUCACAACGCCAGCAAAGUCACCGUCUCGCGACUAAAGCCGGACUGUGUGGUAAUAAGACAUCGACGUUCAUGUUCCAACACCUUUUAGACACCAUCACAAGCUUGCAGGAUAAAGUCGACUCGUAUCGAGGUUCUCCCAGACAUACACGAAUCCUACAUGACUUUGUUCUGAUCUCGCUGUACGUUACGAGAAUCCUACAUGACUUUGUUCUGAUCUCGCUGUACGUUACGAGCAUGUGUGGUCGUUCGAAAGAGAUACGUACUUUGCAACUAUUUCAAGAAUGCGUGGAAGGAAAAGAAUUUCAUUUCGAUUGGAAAACUAAGUGCAAUGUAUUCGUUGUAUCUGCUGAUGAGGGCAAAUUCACAUUGUACGAAAAUGACUUCAAAAAUCUUCGAAGUCAUGGGCCCUCAAAAUUUGAAAUAGAUUCCUCCAUGUGGCUUGUCCCCUACGUGAAAGAAUACAUUAGAAAGAGGACAGAUCUUCUUUGUGGCAAAUCUCAUUCAUUCAUGUUUAUGACCGCAACCGGUUUGGCGUUCACAUCAUCAUCCUUUACAUUAUACUUGGGCGAUUUGUUUGAGAGAGAAGUGCACGUUCGUGCAGGUACAACCAGAUUACGUCAUGCUUUAGUGACACAUGUAUUGUCAUUACCAGAGGCAGAAAGUCUCCGACUGCGUGAAAGCUUGGCAGUGUUAAUGCGUCAUUCUUUGAAACACCAACAAACGACUUACUGUGAUAUUUCGCGGCAAGACCGGACGUUCCUAAGUCUCGAUUUGGUUAACAAAAGUGUAGCAGAAGCGACCUCUUCCAAGAAGUCUCGGGUGGAAUCUUGUGCGGAAUCUUCGUGCCCCGUAGAACCUCAACAUUCUCAAAUAUGUGUGGGCGACAUGGUUGGUCUUGUAGACAGUGUCUCGACGUGCGCAGAGGAUGCAGUGGUCUUCGUAGGAAGAGUUGUAAAAAUUCGAGCAAACGAGGUUCUUUUAAUGGAAUUCCGUAAAGUAGAAGGAAGAGAAACGUUCUACCGUGCAGUUGUAGACAGCAGUUGGUGGGAAAAUUUGAACUCUAUCAUAUACCCAAUAGACAUUGUAUACGACAGCAGAGAACAGGCGUACGAGCUGCGUUCUAGCGUCGCUGAAAUUUACGACGCUGUUUAUGAUGAACGUUGAACACUUCUAUAUAAGGUAAGGAUUAUAUACACAUUAAUUGUUACGUAAUGAAAGUUUGAGAUUUUCGAAAUAUUUUGAGCGAAAACAAAAUGAAUGUCCUUCAAAGUUCAACUGUACAUACCUAUAAUUGGAACAGUCUUUCUUCGGUCUGUACAAUGAUAGGAUUUCAGUUUUUCUCCGACGUAGACAGCAAUCUGGUUUUUAGGCGCCAGAAACUCGCUUUCACACCUUAGCUUAAGAGAGCUGAAGGAAUUUGGUUAGACAUUUGACCUUCUGGGGUAUUUGGAUGGUUGUUUUAACCCAUUUUUAUUUCUUCUCUGUUCAGCUGAUGGAAUGAACCUGCGACCAACUGUUGAUCCAUGGACUGGUGCUGACAUGAACAUACAGUAAAACGGCGCGUAUUUUAAACGUAUAUAGUUUACCGACCUGCGACCAACUGUUGAUCCAUGGACUGGUGCUGACAUGAACAUACAGUAAAACGGCGCGUAUUUUAAACAACGAUUCCGAAAUGAACAAAAGAAUCAUUGUUGUUCUAUAUAAUUUAAGAGCCUGUUUAGGCUAAACAAUGUAUUUAAAUCAAAGAAAAUAGUCAUCUGAAAAUAAUCCAUCUGAUUGGCUUAUUUUUUGUCACGUGGUCGCUUUUAUAUUUUUAGUAUUUUUAGUAAUUUUCCCGACCUCCGCGACUACUUCCCGUCAAAAGGACAUUCGCUCGAAACGUCGAAUUUCUCCUUAAAUUUUUCAGUUUUCGUUCUUAAGGUCGAAACCCACUGGACGCGAUUCGACAACGCGGUGCGAUUUUUAAGUUUUUGAAUGUUAAUGAAACAGCCAUAUACCCAAUAAAAGGGUGUCCACGGGCCUCGAAAACCCUGGGAAGUCCUUGAAAAUAAGUAGCAGUCCUUGAAUGAAUUUCCAUUGAAAUUACUGAAUAAAGUUUAAUUUUUUACUGCAAAUCUGUGCCAUUUUCAAAGAAUUUUCGCAGUUCUAUAGAUCCUGGAAUUUACUGAAAAAGGGCCUUGAAAGUCCUGGAAAAGUCCUUGGAGUUCACCUUCACCAAAGGGUGGACAGACUGAAAUAACUCGCAAACCAGGAUCAAAGUUAUCGGUCAUUGAAAAUCGAAAAGUCGCGCCGCGUUGUCGAAUCGCGUCCGGUGUGUGUAGGCUUUUAUACGCGGAGUUUUACUGUAUACAACGCGUUGUGCCUCUUCAGGAACUCCCAGAACGUUGAAAGAUGACAUCUGAUAUCUAACAAAUAGUGAUUGUAGAAAGUGUUAGUUAAUGAAAGUUUGCAUGUAAUAAUAAGUAAU